UCUGUGUGACAUGGUACCCAGAAAGUGUGUGGGCGGGGGCUUAAACGUAGUAUUUUGUCCGUCUUGAAAUUUGAUUCAGAAGUUGAGACUGUAUACCAGAUUCUAGAAGACAAAAGUUGGGGGAAGGAAAAAAUAACGAAGAAAUUGAAACAACAGUAAUUCUGCAUCCCUAGAAAAAUUAUUUCUGUAGGCUGUGCGACUAUGACGGGGCGUCAAGCCACCAACCCAGAAGAUGGCAAAGAGAUUGAUAGUGUGAAGGAGUCCAUCAGUGACAUCAUCAAUCAACUGCAGGAUAUUGACCCUGCCAGGCUGUCAUUCUCUCCAUUCCUCGACCUGGACACCCAGAUCUCUUUAGCACCAGUGUCUGACAGUCCUGAAUCUUCAGUGGAGGAGCUCCACUCCUCUUCUCACUCAGUCAUGGGCUCUCACCACUCCCUGGAAGCCCUGCCAGCUGAUCAAGUUGUCCAGCUUGAUUCCUGCCACCAGCAACCCAGCGAGGGCUUCAAAGCAGAACGAAGACCGCAAGAGGGAGUUCAGGAUGGAACUAUUUCAAGUCCGAUUGCUCUUGUGCAGAAUUUGGAAGACCCGGUGGAAAACUGCAUCAGCACUCCAAAUCUAGCCUCUCGCAGAGACAUUCCCAAUGGCACAGACACACAGAGAUGGAGUCCAGAAUCCAACAAUCUGGAGUCCACCAUUGAUGAAGGCCAACCGUUGCUCGGCUUGCCACCGGAGAGCAUAGAGUUGACUAUGUGGAGUUCCCAAGAUCAAGAGACUUGUGAGGCUGUCCCAGAGGUGGCAGACAAGAGACUGUGGUGCUGCUGCUGUAGAUGUUGCCAAAGUGGCCGUGUUCCUGCUGUGUGCUCAGUCCUGGCCUCCCUUCUGAUUACUGCAGGGCUUCUCUAUGCACUUUAUUUCUAUGUUCCCAUAGAUUCCCCAGACUGCCCUGACAUGGUCAGCCGCCUCACUUUCACACUUUGCUGCUGUGCCGUAGCUGCAGUCCCCAUCUUGUUGGCUAUGCUGAUUGGUGCUAUGUGCCAGUUCUGCACUGGGUCUUUAAAUCCAGCUGAGGCUCUCCAUAGAAGACCGGCCAUUCAGCAGCUGUUUGUCUCUGCGUCUAUGGAGCAGUUGUUUCUCUACGUUCUCAAUCUGUUGGUUCUGGCUACAUUCCUGCCUCAAGACCAGCUGCGGGUGGUGCCCAUUUUGACUGGCGUUUUCGUUGGUGGGAGGCUUAUCUACUGGCUCUGCUUCCACAUAUGUAGCCCCUGGAGAGGCUUUGGAUCGGGGCUCACUGUUUUCCCACUCCUUGCCAUGGUGGCUUUCAAUCUGUACUGUCUGUAUGACUUGAGCCUCAGACAGCUGCUCUUUGGUUCGGAGGACACACUCUAUUAUCAGACCACCCCUUCAUCUUGGCCUCUGGAGGUGUCACAGAGCUCCAGUGGCAAAUCAGAUCGUGUCAUACCCACGGACAUCUUGGAAACUCAGUAAGGAGGAGAGCACUGUCCCUUAUAACUUAAAGAGAAAGCUUAGAACCCAGAAAUAGCCCAUUCCUGUGGUCUGAAGUUCAGCAGAGCUUCACAGAAUGCCACUAACCUCUAAGUCUGUAAAGGCUUAAGUUGUAUUUUGCUCCUCAUAUACAGGACCUUUUUAUGUGGAUUCAUGCUUAUUAUCUGAAAUGCAAGAGCCGUUCCUCCUUUUAGUUGUGGAGGAAGUCUUUGAACAAUGUUCUACUUCUAAAUGUGUGUCCUUUUAAGCUAUUCCAGUGCCUAUAUUUAAUGUUUUGUGAAGUACUUUGACUUAAAAGUUAUAAUUGCAAAUGGAUGGACAUUCUACCAAUUGAUGUGUUCUUAUAAAAACCACUGAAUGCAACUUGGGUCCCAAAUAGACAUUUAUUUUAUCCAUCCAAAAGUUUGUAAAUGAU